AUGAUCCACGUGCUAGAGAAGAAGGCCGAGUGGUGGAAGGGGACCGUCGGCGGCAAGACCGGCCUCUUCCCCAGCAACUACGUGGAGCGCCAGGCCGUUACUACUGCCGUCCAACCAUCGGCUACCGCCACCGCGGCUACCACGCCCGCCGCCGCCGCCGCCGCCGCCGCCGCCGAGGCCACGGCGGCAGCGGCCGCCGCAGCGCGCGCAAGGUCCACCCGGAACACCGGCCUGUCCUCGCCGAGACGGCGCGCGACCAUGGCGGCGACGGCACGCACCGCCGCGGGCACCACCAUCGAUUCGCUGGACCCUCUGGCUUCGCCGACCCGUCAGCAGCAUCGGCGUACAGGGACGCCCCCGACGGCACGGUCGGGGUGGGGGAGCCCCAACAGACCGGUCUCGAUGCGGUCCCCUUCGUCGCUCAUGUCGAGGAUGCCCUGGUCGCCCACGGGGAGGUCGGCAUCCGCGAAGGUGCCCCCCCCCCCCGGGAGCGGGGUGGCCGCCUCGACUGCGGUGCCCCCUCCCCCGCCGCCGGCGGCCCAGACGCCCGUGCCUACCGUCGUGCCGCCCUCCGUCCAGGUGCCGGCACCACCGGUGUCGGCGGCGACGGCGACGCACGUCGGGGGGGCGGGGAGCGGGACGGCUACGAGCGGGCAGGGGCUGCCGCUGUCGGCGCCCUCGGCGGGGAAAGCGUCGAACAAGCUUUUCGGAGGGGCGAGGAGCUUGCUGAGAGGAAUGUCCACCCCGGUGAUUGGUGCCGGCCCUUUACAAGGAGGUCCGAAGCUGUCGUGGCAGACUUGGGCGUUCGCCGACAUCAUGGCGGACGCCUACAUGAAGAAGCGCACGAGCGAGAUCCCGGACCUGGUGGCCUUGGCGGCUAGCGCGGCCUUCGUGUCGAAAGCUCUCGGAGCCCUAAGCCAGGCGAGUGGGGUUUCCAAGUUCCGCGUGGGUGUGGGAGACAAUCAGGCGUUUCUCAUGUUCCUCAACGGCUGGGUCCAGAAGAUCAGGGGGCUCGGCGUGGGGGACCUAGGGAUGGCGCCGUGCGGGUGGGUCCGGGCCGACGGCACGGGUCAUUCCGUGAUCUUCGUGGUAAUGAGGCGGGACGCCGAGGUGUUUUCCGUGUCGAUCGUCAACCCUCACGGGGAGGGGACGGAGUACCACGCCCAGGAGGCGGACCCAACCCGGGGGAAGGUGGUUGGGGUUCGGGUGAUGAGGUCGGUGGCGUCGCUGCUGCUGAAAGACGUGCCCGGGUACCGUGUCCGAGACUCGUCGUUCUGGAUGCUGGCGUACCGGCAGCUGGUGCACGCGAGGCCUGAGAACGGGCCGGAACACUUGUACGAGAGGCUCCUGCCCUACCUCAACUCUCGCCCCCUGCUGUCCAACGUGCCUGCGGGCCUGUCUCAACACGUGAGGCGGAGAUCGUGUUCCGGACACCUCCGCGAGGAGGAAACCCUUCGAAGGCACGCACCAUUUGGGAAGCUGCCCGUCACUGCCUCCAUCUCAUGGGCCUCAACAGGCCCCAGGUGUGUGUGGUUAGGUUCUGUCAUGGUUCUGUCAUAG